UCCAUGGAAGUGACGUCAUCGGCCCUAGACGCAGGUCCAGUCAUGAUGAGCAGAGGCUCGCGAGUGGAUCGUUUGUUUUUAUUCAAUAGCAUUAAAACAGAUCCAGAAGCAUCCAGAAUAAAACAUGAAGAUACUGAGGAACGAACAGACCAGAUGGAAGUAAAACAGCAAAGAAAUGAGGUGAAUGAAGUGGAGGAGAAACAUAACUUCAAAACUCAAAGAACAAAAGACAAACAGCUUCACACCUGCUCACAGUGUGGAAAGAGUUUCAUGCACAAAGGAAACUUUACGACUCACAUGAGGAUCCACACCGGAGAGAAACCACACACGUGUCCUCAGUGUGGAAAGAGUUUUACUGAUGCAUCAGGUCUCCGUUAUCAUCUGCAUAUUCACUCUGGAGAAAAGCCUUUUAACUGUGAUCAUUGUGGUAAAAAGUUCAUUUCUUUAUCACGUCUAAAGGCACACCAGAAAGUUCAUACAGAUGGGAAGCCUUAUGUAUGUUCUUACUGUGGAAAGUGUUUUUCACUGCUGAACAACUGUAAACGGCACCAGAAAAUACACACCGGUGAGAGAGAUCAUGUGUGUUGUGAGUGUGGGAUGAGCUUCACUACAGCUGCUGAUUUAAAAAUGCAUUUAAGAAUUCAUACUGGAGAGAAACCGUACAAGUGCUCCUACUGUGACAAGAGUUUUAUUCGGUCCACACACUUGAAAACACAUGAGCGAGUUCAUACUGGAGAGAAACCAUACCACUGUACUCAGUGUGGAAAGAGUUUCGCACGUACCGAAGGUCUCAAAAAUCAUAUGCUCUGCCACGCUGGAGAAAAGCCAUUUAACUGUGAUCAGUGUGGUAACAAGUUUAUUUCUUCAUUACUUUUAAAAAAACACCUGACAAUUCAUUCAGAGGAGAAGCCUUAUGUGUGUUCUUACUGUGGAAAGUGUUUCACACUGGCGAACUACUGUAAACGGCACCAGAAAAUACACACCGGUGAGAGAGAUCAUGUGUGUUGUGAGUGUGGAAAGAGCUUUUUUACAGCUGCCAAAUUAAAAAUGCACUUAAAAGGUCAUACUAGAGAGAAACCUUAAAAGCGCUCGUCUGGAAACCUGAAUGUACAUGAGCGGGUUCAAACUGGAGAGAAACCAUACCACUGUACUCAAUGUGGAAAGAGUUACAAACAUUUAUGUAGUCUGGUGACUGAUAUGGAAAAUAGUUGUUCUGUGUCACGGUGAGCAAAAAAUAAAUAACAAUAAUCAUAAUAAUAGUGAGAUUCAAAGCAAACCUGAAGUUAAAAUGACUGUGUGUUCUCUGACAGUUUUGUUGUUUUAUUUUGAAGCUGUGAGAAAAAAAGUUUUAUUGAGUUGUAUUUGUAACAGAUGGAUAUUUAUUUAUAAUUUCUUACGCCCACUUUAAGUAUGAUUAAGAAUAUUUUUUUUUUUCUUUUUACUUGAUGUUGAGAAAUUGCUUGUUUCUCAUGUAAGGGUUCUGUAUAACAAAAUAAUAAAACUACAAUUUCAUUGAGAA